AUGCAGGUUUUUCAUCUGUCGUUCCUUGUUGCUUUAAUUAUUAUUAAUCAAGUCGAUAAUGCAAUAGCAAGACAAUUUCAAUAUCGUAUACCUAGACACGGAGAGGAAACUGACAUGAAUUCAUUAGAAUCUAGUAACACAAAUACAAAAUUUUCUAACACUGAAGUCAGUGAAAAAGAUCAGCAAAACGAGCCAAAAGAAGCAGAUGAAAUGGAUGUAUCUACAACUCAAGCAAAUACUGAGAAUCAAGAUAUAGGAAAGAAUGAAACUUCUUCCGAAAUAUAUGAAACUCAAAAUAAACACAAAAUUCAAAUUAAUGAAGAUGAAACAUACCAAAGUGAAGUAGAAAAUAAAAUAUACGACGUGUUUAAUAAUACAUAUGAAGCUGACAGUUAUAAUCAUGAACAAACUGGAGCCCAGUUUGAAAACAAUGCUCAGACUUUAAAACAACAAGAAGUAGCACAGCCAUAUGUCCAAAAUGUCCAAUAUGAGAGGCCUUCGUUAGUUUCAAUGCCGACUCCCACACAGACACCUGUAGAUCUUCAAAUGAAGUUUGGGGAUCAGGAUUCUAAUAACCAGGAAAGCGUUGGAAAUCCGGAUUUAAUUACACCCUACAACAAUUUUCUACCAGCAAGAGGACUCAUAACAGAAGCUAAUUGUCAGCCCAAUUCAGAAAAUUCUAUAUAUUAUGCGCCAAAACUACCACAAUUACACAAUCGUUACCCGGGUAUUACAGAAAACAGAGGAAGCUAUCAACUAGGAAACAUACCCACAUUCGCUAAAACAUUACAAAUGAUUAUACUAAGUAAUUUAGAACAUGUCAGAGUCAUAGAUCCCUAUGUAUUGUUUGCUGCUCUCUUGGCUUUCGCCUCAGCUAAGCCUAAGCCUCUGGUGUUGGAGUACCCCGUGGCGGCGUACACAGCGCCUGUAGCAGCUGCCUACACCGCUCCUGUUGCGUACUCCGCCUACAGUGCCUACGACUACGCUCUCCCCUAUUCCGCCUACACCUACGCAGCACCAUACACAUACUACGUGCGUUGA